CCUGGCUCCCCUGGCACGCCUGGCACACCUGGCACGCCUGGCAGUCCUGGUACCCCAGGAACACCUGGAACUCCGGGUACUCCUGGUUCUCCUGGUUCUCCUGGGACACCUGGUACACCUGGUACUCCAGGCACUCCUAGCACACCUGACACAGAAGAAACCCCUGGCACUGAUAGCACUCCUGGUACUCCAUCAGGAACACCUGGAAGUACAUCCGUACCAGGAACAUGUACACAGGAAGGAUUUUUCCCAGAUCCUGAAAAUUGCCGCAAGUUUUAUCGCUGUGUAGGCGGUAAUUCUUCAUUCAUCAAAUAUGAAUUCGAAUGUGGCGCUGGGACAGUAUGGGAUCAAACUAUAGAAAGUUGUAAUCAUGAAUCAGCUGUCCCUAGCUGUAAGGGGGGAUCGAGCACGUCUGGUUCUUCAAGCUCUACGGAUUCUUCCAGUAAUCCAACCGAUGUAACGACUAGCCAAACAGGUACAUCUGAAACUGAAACAAGCACAACAUCAUCUGCACCAUCAUCUAGUAGUCCAGCACCUCCUUCCUCGACGAUUCCCCCAUCGUCGAGCAGCACAACCACUGCACAACCAAGCAGUUCAACGACACUCGCUUCUACCGCUGCUUCAUCGAAUAGUCCAAUCAUUUCCACAACAAGUUCAACUUCUUCGGCUGCUCCUUCAUCCACAACUCAAACCAGCACAAGCACUGCUACGACCAUCGCUGCAGACCCUACGGAAUCCUCGUCGCCUGAAAGCACAAUAACAUCUAGCGCACAAUCAACCGCGUUGACCACUCCAUCCCCAGGGUCAUCGCAAUGCACGCAAGAAGGUUUCUUCCCUGACCCUCAGGACUGUCGGAAAUUCUAUCGAUGUGUCGGAGGCAACUCUACCUUCAUAAAAUACGAAUUCGAAUGCGGCACCGGAACAGCCUGGGAUUCGAGCGUUCAAAGCUGCAAUCACGAGUCUGCUGUUCCAAACUGCCGUGGUGGAUCUAGCACGCCUAGUUCAUCGACCUUGAGCGAUUCGUCCUUAGAGGAACUCGAUGAAACUACUAGUCUACCAACCACGACUGAGGCAGCCACAACUGCACCAUCAUCAACCAGUUCAGCACCUUCCACAGCAGCCUCGUCAACAACUGCCUCA